AUGUCGCAACCAAAAAUCAAAGCAGUCUUUUUCGACUUCAUGGGAACAUGUCUCGACUGGCAUAGCAGCGUAGUGCAAGCUCUACCCAGCGCAAUCCCCAAAGAUGAAGCCUCAAAAUUUGCCCUAGAAUGGCGCAAGCAAUAUUUUCUAGAGAACAGCAAACGCGUCAACGAAAACCUCCACCCAGAAGACAUCGAUAUCACCCUUGCCCGCACCCUGGAAGCCCUUCUCAACCAGUCACCCGACCACAAACCGCACUUUGACCCCGAGAUCAACAAGAAAGUAAUCGAAGCAUGGCAUUCACAGAAAGCAUGGCCUGAAGUCUCCGAUGCAAUCAAGAGUCUUCGACAAGAUCUCGGUCUCGAAGUCUUCGUCCAUGCGAAUGGUACGACACGGCUCCAGUUGGACUUGACAAGGUCUUCUGGGUUGGAGUUCAAUAUGUUGUUUUCGAGUCAGUUGCUGGGUGCUUAUAAGCCUCGUCCUGAAGCUUAUGAGAAGGGGUUGGAGCUUGUGAAGCUCCUGCCCGAGGAGGUGGUUUUGGUUGCGGCACAUGCGUAUGAUCUGCGGGGUGCGCAGAAGUGUGGAUUGAGGACUGUUUAUGUUCAUCGAUGGACCGAUGAUAUUGAUGAGGAUAUGGAGGUUGUCAAAACUGAGUUUGAUAUGUUUUUGGAGAAUAUGGAUGACCUUGCUGGUGCUAUUCGGGAAUUGUGA